AUGCCGACCUCCCCGAGCGUCUCCGCUGACGCGUCCCUCUCCGGAUUCGCCUCCUCCAUUGUUGCCGGCGCGAUCAGCGGCUACCACAUGCUAAAGAUCAUAAGCUACUCGCGCACGAAGGAGCUCCCUAAUGGCGAGCGGAUCGACUCUUGGCCGUUCCGGGUUGGUGGCCGCACAUGGCGUGUGCGCUACUAUCCCAACGGCUGCCAGUCCAAGAGCAUCGAUUACAUCUCCCUCUUUAUCACACUGGAUGAUACCGCCGCCAACACCAAGGCCGUGAAGGUGUACGUUCAGUUCAGCUUAAUGGACCAACACGGGCAGCCGGUGCGGUCCUAUACCGGCAUUGCUGGCCCAGAGAGCCUCCAUCUUCCUAAUUCUUGGGGAUGCGAUAAUUUCAUCAGAAGGGAGGUAUUGGAAAAUUCAGAGCACCUCAACGACGAUUCCUUCACUGUCAAGGUCGAUGUCAGCGUCCUCGGCGGGUUCCACGCUCAGGAGACACCAGCCAUCGUUGUGCCGCCGUCUGACAUGCACAUGCACUUCGGGGAUCUCCUGUCGAGCAAGGCGGUCGUCGAUGUCGAGUUCCUAGUCGGUGGGGAGACGUUCUCGGCGCACCGGUCGGUGCUCGCUGCCCGGUCUCCGGUCUUCAGAGCCGAGUUCCUUAGCCCGAUGAAGGAGAGCACAACAACAGUUCCCAUACGUAUAGAUGACAUGGAUGCGCAAGUGUUCAAGGCUCUGCUUACUUUCAUGUACACGGAUGCACUGCCUGAUAUGGAUCAACAGGAAGAAUAUGUCAUGGCUCAGCAUCUGCUUGUUGCUGCGGACAGGUAUGGUCUGGACAGGUGCAAGCUGAUUUGCCAAGAUAAGUUGAGCAGAGGUAUUGAUACGAGCUCUGUGGUGACCAUCUGGGCACUCGCGGAGCAGCACCACUGCCAUGGGCUUAAGGCGGCAUGCUUGGACUUUCUCUCCACCUGCUCGCCGACGAAUCUGAAUGCGGUAUUGGAGUCUGAAGGCUUUGGGUCUUUAUUCAAGAGCUACCCCGAUGUUGCCAUGGAUCUCCUCGUGAUCAAGGCAAGGCUGCAGGAUAGGAAGUUUGGCAUCCUUCCAGAUGGCUACGACUAA